AUUAAAGUCUUAUUUAUAUUAUAUGUAUUACAUAAACCGAAAUAUUUGGUCUGCGAUGUUUAUAUAUAGAUCUGUAGUCGUUGACGCUUCGAAAACAUCAGAAGGAUCGAAAACAAGGAUCAAAAUAUUUCAGUCAGUAUUUCUCUAUUAUUAUCGUCGCCAUAGUUGGACAAGUAUUCAGAUAAUUGCGUUCAAGUGUUCAACACAGAAAAAUGAUAGAUGCAAAAAUUAUAUCUGUCGAUGUGAAGGAUAUAAGAUUUCCUUCGUCGCUAAAAGAUAUUGGAUUCGACGAUGCGGUGUGGUGCAAGCAUGCCAAUUUAUAUCAAAAUUAUUAAUAAAAGAAUCAACAAAAGAGAUUUAUAGUGAUUUUGGAAGGUUCUGGAAAACAAUAAUAAACGACUCGGGAGUAAAAUCGGUAUUGUAUAAUAAAAAUUUAUAUGCGUAUAUAUAUCUUUGCGUAUCCCAGAUGGAGGUCGAAAGAGGUGUUGCGUGUUUAGCCAAAGCAGCUGUUGGAAACGCAUUGUGGGACCUGUGGGCACGCAUCGAAAACAAGCCCGUCUGGAAGCUUCUUACAGAUAUGACUCCUGAACAACUCGUCUCCAAUAUAAACUUGAAAUACAGUUUUUCCAAGUAAAAUCACAUUUUUGUCUCGAUAAUAUUGAAUAGAUUUCUCCAGCAGAGUUCUUUUCCAGUACCGAUUUUAUAACCGAGGAGGAAGCGAUAAAAAUGCUAAGGGAGAAUGAAAAGUACGAGGAAGAAUAUGAGAAGAUGCUAAAAAGAGACGGAUAUCCCGCGUAUAUAUCUAACGUUGGAUCAGUAAAAUAUUCAAAUCAGAAGAUCAAAGAUACCUGUAGAAAUUACGUAAAACUUGAAGUUGUUCAAGUUAGCUUUGCACACAGACACGCGAGUUGAUAGGCUGGAAGAAAAGAGAUUUAAUCUUAGACGCGAAUCAAAUUGCUCUUUCCGACCAUAUAGAGUCCAUAGGAAUUGUUUUGGAAAAUCUACAGAAAUAUAAACCUUUUUGGGUAGAAGAAGCGCUACAUCCGGACGAUGUCGUAGGAUACGAUAAUAAAGAGUUUGAGAAGUUAAAGGGCAUUACACUGGCUGGUGGUGAAACGUACGGAAAUUGCGUCGAGAUCAAGCAAGUUCUAGAAAAGCAUACAUUUAAUUUCCUAAAAAUUAGUUUGGCAAGGCUUGCAAUUAAUGAUGCCUUAGCUGCAUACUUUAUGGCGAAGAAGAAUGAGACACCAAUAUGCCCGCAUACUGGUGGAUUAGGCUUGUGCGAGAUGGCUCAACACCUGCAAAUGUGGGAUUUUAUUUGCUUAAGUCAGUCCACUCAGAAUCGUUUAAUAGAAUUUAUAGAUUAUAAACACGGAUAUUUUGUAAAUCCUGUGCACAUUAUAAACGGUCGUUACAUGCCACCUACGUUACCUGGAUAUUCGACUAUGUUUAAACAGAAAGUUAUUGAGAGAUGGUCUUAUCCAUCUGGUAGUCGGUGGCGACAUUUGUUUCAUCUAGGGUUCCCAACGUAUUUCCAGCGUAAAAAGCAGCAGGAAGAAAAGGGAGAACGGAAAUGUCGUCGCGGUUUUCCUACACGGAAAAGUGAAAACAAACAAACAGAAAGAGAAAAGAAAGAGGAAACGCAGGAAACUGAAGAAAAAAUAAAAUGAGAAAAUUCUAACUGUAUUUCACCGAAAAUUUGCAAUAAGAUUUCGAAAAAUAAAUCGUUACAAGUAUAACUCUA